ACUUGAACGGGAAUGAAAGAGUUCAACGCAAGCGCGUAAUGAAAAGAGUGUGGUUGCUCACUAAAAGUGAAAUAAAUUACUUUAAGUGGACGUAAAAAUUAAUUUAAAAAAAAUAAAAAAAAUAAAACAAAAAAAAAAAAGAAAAUAGUAUAUUAAAAAAAUACUAAAUAUCAGUGAAACGAAAUGAACUCCUCCCUAGUGGUUUUAAUAUUAUGCACCUUUUCAAUAGGAUUUAUUAAAGCCCAGCGCAACUGUGUAACACCAGAACGCAGCAAUGGCAUCUGCUCACAACUCAACAACUGCCCACAAGUGCUGAGUGCUCACCGUGCGCGUAAUCAACAGUAUGUGACAGCUACACAACGCGCAUGCGGCGGCAACUUGUUUUGCUGCGCACAACCCCAAGCACUUCCCCAACGGCAAGCAGUGAGCAAUCGUCUGGCAAAUCCCUUCAGAGCGCAAGCACCACAGACGCUUCUCGUUAAACAAGUGCGGGGCGCUGCUGUUGUGCCACAACAAUUUCAUUUGCAGCAGCCGCAACAACAACCACAUGCCGUAGCACUACAAAAUCGCGUGGUUCGUCAGCAGCCACAGAUAAAUUUACGCAGUAUUUUCGAUGACAACAACUACGAGGCGAGUCAAGGGCAGUUUGUCAACUACAGAGCGGGACAAUCUUGUCGCACACCUGAAGCUGUGGAUGGCGUUUGCUUAGUUAUAAACAGUUGCCGUUCAGUGCUAAGCGAGCUUUACCAGCGCUACAAUGAUCCCAACUUCGUUCAAUAUUUGCGUACAUCGAAUAGAAUUUGUGGUGGCAACACAUACACCGUCUGCUGUCCCAGUGAUGUGCAACCACAAACGCGUCCAGCGCCAGCGCCUGCGCCAGUGUCCAAUCCUGCAACGAGCUCUGCUGGUACUUGUGGUGUUGUUGUGCGUUCAUUUAAGAAAAUAGUUGGUGGCAAAGCCAGCCAGCGAACUGAUUGGCCAUGGAUAGCUUUGCUGGCUUAUCCGGAUUAUAGUCCCGACUCUCCUUUCAAAUGCGGCGGCGCGCUGGUCUCUUCCCGACAUGUGGUGACGGCAGCGCAUUGCAUAAGGAGUGAUUUAAGUUACGUACGCCUUGGUGAAUACGAUCUGAGCACAAAUUCGGAAACUCGACAUGAGGAUAUUGGCAUUGCGAGAAAAGAGAGCCAUGCAAACUACAAUAAGGCUAAUGGGAAAAACGACAUCGGUAUGAUUUGGUUGGAGCGUAAUGUACAAUUUAGCGACAGCAUAAAACCCAUCUGCUUGCCCACAUCGGCGCAAUUACGUCGAAAAUCCUACAUAGAUUACACACCCUUCGUAGCGGGUUGGGGCAAGACAAUGGAGGGCGGUGAAUCUGCGAGUGUUUUGCAAGAACUUCAAAUACCCAUACUACGUAAUGAGGUUUGCCGUGCGAGUUACGCUCGCGUAAGACGUCUAAUCAGCGACGAUCAAUUCGAUACGAGUGUCAUUUGCGCUGGUGUACUAUCCGGCGGCAAGGAUACCUGUCAAGGCGAUUCUGGUGGACCGUUGAUGAUACCUGAGACUGCUGGCGGCGCAGUACAGUUCUAUCUCAUUGGUGUUGUCUCAUAUGGCGUUGGCUGUGCUCGACCGCAAAUUCCCGGCGUUUAUACGAGUGUACAGUAUUUUGUUGAUUGGGUUUUGAGUAAAAUGUCUAGUUAGUCUUUAGAAUUAUCUAUAAUUAAUUACUAAAAUUUUUCACGUUUUUAUAUUGUAUAAUUAUUUUCUGCAUUGUA